AUGGCCGCGCCACUGCCCGGUGUGCCGCGCGGCGCAGGACGGACGGCGCAGACCGCGGGCGGCAGCCUCCGCGGCGCGGCGGGUUCCCCCUGCCCGCUGCCCCUGCCCACGGCGGGGGACCCACCGCCCUCGCCCCCCGACAGGAGAAAAAAGAAAGAUGACAAUAUUUUGGAGAUCACAUCAAUUCCAAAUCCUUUUCCUGAGCUGUGUUGCUCUCCAUUUACAUCAGUUUUGACAGCCAGUCUGUUGCCCAAGGCAACUUCAAGAAAAAAGCAGGUAAUUAAAGUGUAUAGUGAAGAUGAUACAAGCAGAACUUUGGAAGUACCAAGUGAUAUAACAGCCAGGGAUGUAUGUCAACUGUUAAUAUUGAAGAACCAUUAUACUGAUGACCACAGCUGGACUCUGUUUGAACAGCUUACCCACUCAGGUUUAGGAAGAGCUAUAGAAGACCACGAAUUAGUAAUGGAAGUCCAGUCAAAUUGGGUAACGGAAGAGGAAAACAAACUGUAUUUUAGAAAAAAUUAUGCCAAGUAUGAAUUUUUUAAAAAUCCACUGAGAUUUUUUCCAGAUCAUAUGAUAUCUUUUCCAAGUGAGACCAAUGCAGCUGUAAGACACUCUGGGAUAUUACAGAUGUUCCUAAGCUCUGGCACAUAUCCUGAGAUUCAUGGUUAUUUGCAUGCAAAGGAGCAGGGAAAAAAAUCAUGGAAAAAAUGGUACUUUCUUUUAAGAAGAUCUGGUCUUUAUUUUUCCACUAAAGGUACAUCUAAGGAGCCAAGACAUCUGCAGUUUUUCUGCGAAUUCAGCAAUAGUGAUAUGUACAUGUCUUUGACAGGCAAAAAGAUUUCUGGAGCACCAACAAACUAUGGAUUCUGCUUUAAGCCUAACAAAUCAGGAGGAACGAGAGACCUGAAACAGCUCUGUGCAGAUGAUGAACAAAGUAGGACCUGUUGGAUGACUGCAAUUAGGUUGCUUAAGUAUGGGAUGCAGCUGUAUCAGAAUUAUGUGCAACCAUAUCAAGGUAGAGGUGGCUGUAGCCUGUUGAAUGUAACACCUAUGAGAAGCAUUUCAGAAAAUUCUUUAGUAGCAAUGGAUUUCUCAGGGCACAGAAGCAGAAUUAUAGAAAAUCCAACAGAAGCCCUUUCAGUUGCAGUUGAAGAAGGAUUAGCAUGGCGGAGACGAGGGUGUCUACGACUCAACUCACAUGGUAGUCCUGUUGCCAUGUCUAACAUGGCUAUACACAGAUCUCAGUCAUGGUUUCAUCACAAAAUUUCUAGAGAGGAGGCUCAGAGACUUAUUUUGCAGCAUGGACUUGUAGAUGGGGUAUUCCUGGUACGUGAUAGCCAAAGUAAUCCCAAAACAUUUGUUUUGUCAUUGAGUCAUGGAUUAAAAAUAAAGCAUUUUCAAAUUGUACCAUUGGAAGAUGAUGGGAAGCUGUUCUAUACCCUUGAUGAUGGUCACACCAGAUUUACUGAUCUCAUUCAGCUAGUGGAAUUCUACCAACUUAAUAGAGGAGUAUUACCUUGCAAGUUAAAACAUUAUUGUGCGCGAAUUGCUUUUUAA